GUUUGAGUUUGUUCUGAAGUUAUGGUGGGGUUUACUAUUUUUUUUUAUUGUGAGUAACGGGUAGUAAGUUUUUGCUUGCUGCUCGAUUUUCAACACGUUUAACUAGAUCAUCGUGUCUCAUUUAGGUACUGAGAGUGGUGAAUUCGUGGCGGCCAACAGCUUAAUCUGGAUUUUAAUAGAAUUUUGUGAUUCUUGUUUCGUGUUUUUGUAUGAGUUGAAGCUUGAAAAGAAGGGGGAGGGCAGAGGUGAGGGGCCUUGUGAAGCUGCGGCGCGGAGUUGUCAGCAAUGGCCGGCAAUUUCGACUCUGAGGACAGAGGGAGCUGGUAUUGGGGGCGACUGACCCGGCAGGAUGCUGUAAGUUUGUUACAGGGUCAGAGGCAUGGCGUUUUCCUAGUUCGGGACUCAACUACUAUUCCAGGCGAUUAUGUGCUGUCCGUCUCUGAGAAUUCCAAGGUCUCCCACUAUAUUAUCAACAGCAUCAGCAACAACAGGCAAUCGGCGACGGGGUUGAAUCCACCCAGAUUUCGAAUAGGCGAUCAAGAAUUUGACAAUUUACCAGCAUUGCUAGAAUUCUACAAAAUUCAUUACUUGGACACUACAACAUUAAUAGAACCUGUUCCCAAAUCCAGACAGUUUAACCCUGCCGUUGGACCAUUAACAUCACCAGGAGUAAUCUUGAGGCAGGAAGAGGCAGAGUAUGUCAAAGCUCUGUUUGACUUUAAUGGAAAUGAUGAUGAAGAUCUUCCCUUUAAGAAAGGAGAUAUUUUGAAGAUCCUGGAGAAGCCUGAGGACCAGUGGUGGAAUGCUCAGGACAGUGAAGGAAAAAGAGGCAUGAUACCUGUCCCUUAUGUCGAGAAGUACAGGCCUGGCUCUGCUACA